CCAUUUGAGCGCAAAGUAAAAAUGAUGAAAACCGCACGGCCCCCUGACCUGCCCGCCGCCAUGCGUUCGAGCAAAUGCCGCCCCGCGCCCCGCCUCCGCGCCGCCGCCCAUACACCACCACAGCGCCCGCCUCGAACCCCACGGCGUCGCCGUCGCGCGCUGCCGAGCAGCAUUGCCUCCGCCUCCUGGAGCGCUCCUCGACGCCCGCGUCGCUCCUCCAGUCCUUCGCCUUCCUCCUCAAGUCCGGCCUCCACUCCAACCCGCUCGUCGUCACCAGGCUCUUCGCCGCCUCCGCCUCCGCCGCCCCGGCGCUCCUUGAGCCACUAGUCUCCUCCCUCCUCGGCCCCUCCCUCCCGCUGGACGCCUUCCUCGUCAACACCCUCAUCCGCACCCACGUCACCUCCCCGUUCCCCUCCGCGCGCCGCCGCGCCGCGGCCUUCUUCCCGCUCAUGCUCCGCGCCGCCGUCGCCCCCAACAAGUUUACCUUCCCCUUUCUCCUCAAGUCUUGCGCCGCGCUCCCGGGGUCCCCCGACGUCGGCCUCCAGGCCCACGCCGCCGCACUCAAGUUCGGCUUCGCGGCAGAUCACUACGUAUCCAAUACACUGAUACACAUGUACUCCUGCUUUGGCGCGGGGUUCCUCGGGGACGCGCGGAAUGUGUUCGAGAGAAUGCCUAGGGAGAGCGCAGUUACCUGGAGCGCCAUGAUCGGCGGGUAUGUGCGUGCGGGUCUGUCGAGUGAUGCAGUCGUGUUGUUCAGGGGGAUGCAGGUCAGCGGAGUGCGGCCAGAUGAGGUGACGGUGAUCGGAGUUCUGGCGGCCGCCGCUGAUUUGGGCGCGCUCGAGCUCACACGGUGGGUUGGGCGUUUUGUGGAGAGGGAGGGGAUAGGGAAGUCUGUUACACUUUGCAAUGCGCUGAUUGACACGCUCGCCAAGUGCGGGGAUGUAGAUGGAGCAGUGGCGGUGUUUGAGGGGAUGGAGGAGAGGACUGUUGUGUCAUGGACGUCGGUGAUUGAUGCUCUUGCCAUGGAGGGUCGUGGGAAGGAGGCUGUUGGGGUGUUCGAGGAAAUGAAGGCUGUAGGUGUGCUGCCUGAUGACGUUGCAUUCAUCGGGGUGCUCACUGCAUGUAGCCAUGCUGGAAUGGUUGAUGAAGGUCGUGGCUAUUUUGAUUCAAUGAAGACAGAGUACGGCAUUGAGCCUAAGAUCGAGCAUUACGGUUGUAUGGUUGACAUGUUUGGUCGUGCUGGCAUGGUUGAGCAGGGGUUGGAGUUUGUUCGUGCAAUGCCCAUGAAACCAAACCCAAUAAUUUGGCGGACACUAGUAGCUGCUUGUCGUGCUCAUGGUCGGCUUGAGCUGGGCGAAAGCAUCACCCGGAACCUUCUUAAUGAGUUCCCUGCUCAUGAGGCCAACUACGUUAUGCUCUCUAAUGUAUAUGCAUUGACACAGAGAUGGAAGGAGAAGUCAGAGAUUAGGAGGGAGAUGAGCAAGAGAGGAAUCAAGAAGGUGCCAGGCUGCAGCCUUGUUGAGCUUGAUGGAGAGGUCCAUGAGUUCAUAGCAGGAGACGAGUCACAUCCACAGUACAAGGAGAUAUACAGGAUGGUCGAGGAGAUGUCAAGAGAGCUAAGGCGCAUUGGGCACAUUGCUGCUACAUCAGAGGUACUCCUUGAUCUUGAUGAGGAGGACAAGGAGGGUGCGCUUCAGUGGCACAGUGAGAAGCUAGCAAUUGCAUUUGUGCUACUGAGGACUCCUCCUGGAACACAGGUCCGGGUGGUAAAAAACCUCCGUGUAUGCUCAGAUUGUCAUGCGGCAAUAAAGUGCAUUUCACAGGUUUAUAAUCGGGAGAUCGUAGUGCGUGAUCGGAGCCGUUUCCAUCGCUUCAAGGAUGGUUCAUGCUCGUGCAAGGAUUUCUGGUGACAUUGUGUUUAGUAAAGAGUGGAUUGAAGUUCCACAGCAGAUGUAGGUUAUCAUGAUGUGCUUUCGAGAAGCUUCUGCAAGUCCUCAAGGUUUGCCAAUCUAUUUGUAACACAAUGAUUUCAGUGGCUCAAAACUGUGAUGCUUAUUCAAGAUUAUUGGAAGCAGCAUUGAAGCAUAUACUUUCCAGUUGGUACCUGUUCGUCAUUUGGCGUCUUGGCGAUACAACAUGUGAGUAGAGACCUCCGGCCGUAGCAGCAUGAUGAACUUCAUGAUAUCUGAAGACGGAUUCUCUAACCUCCAAGGAUGAACCCUGGCAGCAAGUCGGACGGCAACAUGUUUGACCUCCAAAGGUGAGAAGCUCUAGUGUUUCGAGCUAUCACUUACUCCUUGGAGCCAUGGCAGAAAGGACAAUUAACUGUGUCACCUCGGCCGUGACUGGCGAGCUCACCAGCAGAGUGUUCUCCGGGCUGAUCCAGAGGUAUGGUAAGCAUGCAGCCACCACCGAGAAGUUGCAGCAACUGAAGAUGCUGCUCAUAAAGAUCCACAGUGCUGUCGAGGCGUCCGAGAAGCGUGCCAUCGAGAACUCAUGGCUGUUGCUAUGGCGUGACAAGCUGAAGGAAGCCGCCAAACAUGGUGACAUGGUGCUUGCCAGCUUCCCACAGCAGGUCCAGGAUGCUCAAGCCACUAGCAGCACCGAUGGCAACCAGAAGCAAGGUGAAACAGCAUCUUCUUCUGCUGCUCCCGUUACAGCUGUAGGCGCGCUGUCUUUCACGAGGAAUUCUCUGUCUGCUAUGGUGCAGGGCGUUCGCAGCGCAAGAGAAAUGUUUUUCUCAAGCGGCAACAAUGAUAUUGAAAGGCUGGACAAGAUAUUGAGAGUCUUAGAGAAGCUUUCACCAGACAUCGGAGAGUUCAUAAGAUUGCUUCACCUUGAGGCCUUACCAAAGUGUACUACAGUGUUAUCAACUCAAGUGCAUGUACCAACAAAGAAGAGGACAAUGAGAGAGAAGAAAAGGAAGAGACACUCUUCAUCUGGGGAGGAACUGAUGGAAGGAUUAUCAGCUUAUUGCAUGCCGUCGGAGGAGGAAUCUGAACAUUUUGAAUCAAAAUGUGAUCCAGCACAUCUCCAAGAGGAACAAAAGGAAGUGCUUUUGCAAGAUAGACUCUUCGGCGUACCACGGGAGGGGGUAAAGUGGAGAGAAGUGCGCCAUAGAUUGUACUUCCAAGAAAUAACAGCUCUUCCCAAUUUAGCAUGUGACUCAGCAAAUCUUCAGAAGGAACAACAGUUAAUGGUCCUGCAGGAUAGGCUGCAGGCAGCAUUCACUGAGAUCUGCAGGGCCGUCCAGCUGGCCAACAGCCACGACUUAAAAGACCUGGAGUGGCUAGCGCAUUGGGCUGGCAUCCUCAGGGAGGCAAAGCAACAAGGCUGCAAUAUCCUCGGCACCAUCAACUCAUGCAAAACUGACAACAAGGAAGAUAACAAGGAGUCGAUGGUGGAAUGUGAUCAAGACAAAGAUGAACUCGGCACUUUCGUGCAUAGACUGGAGAGCUUAGCUAGGGAUGUAGAGUACUUCAGAAAAUUGGUAUACCUGUGUCCUGCGUGCUAGCUUCUUAUUCUUCUUGUUUCUUGACAACUUGAGAUAUUGUUAGUUUAAUGAUCGGACAACCUGUAUUAGGUGCCUUGUGGAGACCACGGAGGCCAACUUGAGAUUUUGUGUGACGCAACUGGUGCAUGAAACUUAAUAAGUUGUCUUCUUCUUUCUUUUGA